UUCAAGCUCUUUCUGCCGCGCGAGGUUGAGCUACAUUCCCACGCUCCUCCGCCACCGCCGAAUAGCGAACCUCCUACAGGAAUUCCCUCCCAGAUUCCUCCUCCCACUACCCCUGCCCCUCCUUUAGCAAGAUGGCGGCGAGCGCAUUUCCGGCGUGUCCUUAAGGGUGCGUCCGGGCGGAUGCUGCAAGUGCUGCCUCGAGGGUUCCAGCCACUUUGCUGCAUAGACUACAGAGGUGAUGGCGGGCAGACGGUUUGGCUGGAGCCGAGCGGCUCUUCUCCAGCUCCUUCUUGGAGUGAACCUGAUGGUGAUGCCACCUACCCAGGCCCGGAGUCUGCGCUUCGUUACCUUGCUGUACCGACAUGGAGACCGUUCCCCAGUGAAGACAUAUCCCAAGGACCCCCAUCAGGAAGACAAAUGGCCCCAGGGGUUUGGUCAGCUAACCAAGGAGGGGAUGCUCCAACACUGGGAGCUGGGCCGGGCUCUGCGACAGCGCUACAAUGGCUUCCUCAACACCUCUUACCUACGGCAAGAGGUUUAUGUGCGAAGCACAGACUUUGACCGGACCCUAAUGAGUGCUGAGGCCAACCUGGCUGGACUCUUCCCUCCCAACGGGAUGCAGCGCUUUAACCCAAACAUCUCUUGGCAGCCUAUCCCUGUCCACACUGUGCCCAUUGCCGAAGACAAGCUGCUGAAGUUCCCGUUGGGCCCAUGUCCCCGUUUUGAGCAGCUGCAGAAUGAGACCCGGCGGACACCAGAGUAUCAGAAUGAGAGUAUUCAGAAUGCACAAUUUCUGGAUAUGGUGGCCAACGAGACAGGGCUUACGGACCUGACCCUGGAGACCGUCUGGAAUGUCUACGACACACUCUUCUGUGAGCAAACACACAGUCUGGUCCUGCCGCCCUGGGCCUCGCCCCAAACCAUGCAGCGUCUGAGCCGGCUCAAGGACUUCAGCUUCCGCUUCCUCUUCGGGAUCUACGAGCAGGCGGAAAAGGCCCGGCUGCAGGGGGGAGUCCUGCUGGCUCAGAUACGGAAGAACCUGACCCUGAUGGCAACCACCUCCCAACUCCCUAAGCUGCUGGUCUACUCUGCGCAUGACACCACUCUGGUUGCUCUGCAAAUGGCUCUGGACGUCUACAAUGGUGAACAAGCCCCCUACGCGUCCUGCCACAUAUUUGAACUGUACCAGGAAGAUAACGGGAAUUUCUCAGUGGAGAUGUACUUUCGGAACGAGAGUAAGAAGGCCCCCUGGCCACUGACCCUGCCUGGCUGCCCUCACCGCUGCCCCCUACAGGACUUCCUUCGCCUCACGGAGCCUGUCGUGCCCAAGGAUUGGCAGCAGGAGUGCCAGCUGGCAAGCGGUACUGCAGACACAGAUUCAUGACCUCUUCUCUGAGCUGCAGACUUACAUAUCCAGCUGCUGACUUGAGGUCUCUACAUGGAUGUCAACUAAGGCUUCUCACAGUUGAAGUCUAAAACCAAAUGCUCUUCCCCCAAAUCUGCUCUUCCUCCAGGAUUCCCCAUCUUAGUAAAUGCUGCAUUAGCACCUAGGUGCAUAGCAUAACCCCAGGAGCUAUCUUGAAUACGCUUUCUCAGACCUCACGUCCAAUCCACUAGCAGGUCCUAUCAGCCCAGUCUUUCAAGCCCAAGCUCUCACUCCCUAGUCCAGUCUACCAUCAUCUCUUGCCUGAAUUACUGAAAAGCUUCCUAAUGUUCUUACUGGGUCUACUCUUUUUGUUUUGGGGGGCGGUAAUUAGGUUUUCUUAUUUAUUUGGUUUCUUUAUUUUUUAUUACUAUAAUGUCGAAUUAUUAAUUUACUUAUUGGUUUAUUUAUUAUUAAUAGAGGUACUGGGGAUUGAAGUGGGGACCUUGUGCAUGUUAGGCAUGCACUCUACCACUGAGCUACACCCUCCCUGCUCACUGGUUCUGUUCUUGGCCCUACCAGUCUAUCAGCACAGCAGAGUUAAUUUUUUAAAAACAUAAAUCAGUCCCCUUCACUACCCUUCUCAGAAUCUUCCAGUGGCUUCCCAUCACAUUUGGAAUAAAAUCCCAAGUUAUUGACCAUGGCCUUUCAGGCCCUACUUGGUCUGGUCCUCUGCCCUCAUCUCCUACUUGCCCCUCAUGUACUCUGCUCUAGCCAUACUGACUUUCUUGCUGGUCCUAGAAUAUGCCAAGCUGAUUCCCUUCUGCAUUCGCUUCCUGUCCUCCCCUCCCCUCCCCCCUCCCUGAGGACACUCUUCUCUCAGAUCUUUUGUAUGUCUCGCUCAGUGACUCCAGGUCUCUGUUCAAAUUGUCACUUUCUCCGUGACACCUUCCCUGACUGACCUACGUCUCUCUCCCUCAUUUCCCCCUUACCUUGUUUUAUUUUCUUUAUGGCAUUUGCCACUAACCUAUCAUUUCUAUAAUUUGCCUGUGGAUGGCAUCUCCUCUCCUAGAAGGUAAAUUCCACGAAGGCAGGCUUCGUCUUGGCCAGCUGUGAUACCCUCACUGUAAGAACAGCACCGGCAUGUAGUGGGCACUCAUAUUUGUUGAAUGAACACUGACGUGACCUUUCUCUCCCCCUCACCCAACCCGGUGCUCAGAGGUGAUUGUGGCCUUGGCUGUAUGUGGCUCCAUCCUCUUCCUUCUCAUAGUGCUGCUCCUCACCGUCCUCUUCCGGAUGCAGGCCCAGCCCCCUGGCUACCGCCACAUCGCAGACGGGGAGGAUCAUGCCUGACAACCACUCAGCCCCCUUCCCUCUGCCUCCUAGGGGAGGUGGGCUGGGCCCUUGCACCUGACACUGCUGCUCCCCAGCCCAUGGACAAGAGACCCUGGGUUGGGCCUCCCCCUGACUACCCCAACCUAGAUGAACAAGUGGGGCUCAGCUUGGUCCAUGGCACCUCACUCAGCAUUCAUGUGCCUGAUGUUUACCAAGUACUGUGUUGGACAUUGGCUUUCUCUAAACAGGAUUUGCCUGCUCUAUGCUCCCCUAAGGACCUGAAAUGUAGACAGGUAUUGAGGUUUCACUCAGGACCUGGGAUAAAAAAGACUGAAGGAGUUGGUGCUUGAUCUGCUUUGCCUCUCCAUCAAGCUCUGCUCACUCUUCCAGCCUGGAGUCCUUGGCAAAUGGCCCAGAGGACACAGUCUUGCCUCUCAGUGCUUAUUUUAGUGGGAAAAAUUGCACAACAUUGGGGGUCUAGUACUAACACUGGCCACCAAGGAACUGGAUCACCCAAGAGCCAGCCAAGUUUUCCUUUGUUCAGCUGAAGCCACCUUUAGAGUCAGACAUGAUGCUUCUCAUCUUUGUCAGCCCUGCAGUUUGAGCAGGUCAGAAGGAUGUUUGUACUUGGGAAAGAGUCAGGGAGGUGGUGGGGGGGGUGGACUGUGGUACUGAAUCAUGAAACUACUAUCCCUGUCAGCUGGGCUGGGAUCUCCAGGGACCCGAGGUAUGUGCAGCUGGACAGCUCUUGACUGUGGCCCAGAAUAGGGCUGAGACAGAGAAUGAAGAUUUUGGACUCAG